AUGUGUUUCGGCAGCAAGGCCGACAAGGAUGACAGUCCUGCCCCGCGUCCCGCGCAACGUCCUUCUUCACUACAGCAGCAAGACACCAAGAUGACCAGCAGCAAUCAGCAGCAGCCCCAAUACGCGCCGCCGGCUGGUCCGCCUCCGGGGCAGCAUUCGGCCCAGCAGCAGUAUGCUCCUCCUCCCGGCCCGCCUCCGAGUCAGACGUACGCCGCCCCGAGUGGUCCGCCGCCAGGCCGGGCUGAUGAAUUUGCGCCUCCCUCGGGUCCUCCUCCGUCCCAUGGAGGAUAUGCGCCGCCAUCGGGACCUCCUCCCUCACACCAGCAGAGUGAGUACGCGCCGCCUCCGGGACCUCCGCCGGCCCGCAAUGACUAUACUGCUCCUCCUCCGGGACCUCCGCCAUCCCACAAUGACUACACGGCUCCUCCCUCGGGCCCCCCACCAUCGGAAUCGAAAAAACACGACUGGGAGACGGCGGUUCCCGAUACCACCCUCUUCCCACCGCCCCCGGCCUUCUUCAGCGGAUUUGACCGUUCCCCUGCGAACAACUCUACGGAGCAAGAGUCUGAAGCUGGGGAGGCCUGGGUGGCCCAGUACCCUCUCGUCAAGCCUAUCAAUCUUGACGCUAGUGCUCUCGAGGCUUUGCGCACGCACAGGAUAUGGCUUCUCCAGCCUCAAGGAUUCCGCGGCACAAUGGCCCAGCCCGUCUCGGGUAAGUGGGAGGUCACGACGCAAAGGAAUGCACCUGAUAGCACCAUCAUCGGCUACCCGCCUUUAUACUCGGUCAAGCACAAUUCGCCUCUCGCCACCGGCAAACCCUUCAAGGUCUAUUAUGAAGUCAAGAUUCGCGGAUCGGCAAGUGAGGUAGACCUCGCCCUUGGCUUCACCGCGCUUCCGUACCCCAACUUCCGUCUUCCCGGAUGGCACCGCGGCAGUCUCGGUGUUCACGGCGACGACGGGCACAAGUACAUCAACGACAGGUGGGGCGGAAAGUCUUUCACAACACCUUUCCAACCCGGCGAGACGCUGGGUAUCGGCAUGUCCUUCACGGCUCAGGGCGGCAGGAUGAGCGUUGAGAUCUUCUUCACGCGAGACGGUAGACUGUCCGGGAGCUGGAACCUUCAUGAGGAGGGUGACUCUGAGCAAGAUUUGCCGGUCAACGGUCUGGAGGGAUACCAUGACCUGAGUUGUGCCAUUGGCACAUUCUCCAAGAACGAGUACGAUAUCAUCUUUGACCCGGAGUUGUGGAAGUACAGGCCUUGA